UUGUUUUAUUUGCUCGAAGAAAGCGAAUAUUUUAAAGACUGCUGAAUUAACGCGACUUCUUUCACUUAAAUCGAAAACAAUAUUCGCGUUUUAGAGAUCGGACUACCUACACCUCGGUCGGAAAUAUUCGGAUAUCGAUAACAGAGUGCAGGAGAGAAAAGAACUCUCCAGCGAGGCUGUAGGAGACGAGACAGAAGAUGAAGAGCGGGAAAUCGAUGAAGAUCAAAGCGAAGAGGAAAAUGCGGAGGCACAGAAAGUAAAUAGGAAUAGGAAAGAAAAAAACGAAGAGCAGAAAUGCGAAGCAAGAGAGAACGAAGGCGAACCAAGGCAGCAGGAAAACGAGCAAAUCGGGGAAUGCGCGAUUUGCCAUAUUAUUAUCGACGACGCGAAUCUCGGUGGAAGUAUCGCUGAUUCCGAACAAAAUCCGUACAGCGCCGAGGGCUAUCUGCUGUGUCAACGCUGCGUGCGGAAGUUUGCGAUUCGAUCAGGUCAAUAAAAGUCGGUCAUCUUAACUUCACUUAUCACAAAUCACGAUAACUACAAUAACUGAUUCGCGAAGUCGUCCGCCGAAUCUUCGCCAAUUGAUUCAUCGAUAAUAAUUAAUCAGUGAAGACAAUCGAUUAAGAGGCCUAUUCUAUAAUGUUUAAUGAUAUUGUUAUGUAUCGCUGCGCAGUUAUUUCAUAAUACAAAAAACCUGCGCAAUGAUACAUAACGAUGUCGUUAAAAUUUAUAGAAUAUACCUCUAAGAGUCCGCGCGCUGAUUGAUUGUCGUCAUCAUUAUUUUCCUCUAUUAAAAAGAGUGACUGGCGUUUAUAUACAAGAGACAAAAAGAAAGAUACUCGAGUAUCGCUCGAGGAAAAAUUACGUUCUAUCCUCGCAGACGCGGAGCACCUUCAGCCUCGAAGAUCGCACGGCAGUCUCUCCCAGAGCAAUGAUCGCGGUCGCGUACGCUCGAGAACGACGUACGACUCGCCGAUCGCGACGUACCUGCAGCCGCCUGAGCAGGUCUACCCGUUGCGGCCACGUCGCGAUCAGUGGACCAAUUUCAACAGGACGAGCUGCCCUGUCACAAAGACGAGCGAGAUGCUCGAUUACGACGCGGAGAUGUCGGACGCCGUCUCAUACGUCGUCGUCGAUCGCGAUCGAGGCGAUCCGCGGGAAGAACGCGGAAGGCAGUGUCAGCAGCAGCAGCACGGCUAUUGCAACCUGGCGACGCGGAGGAACGACGCGGAUCGAUACAGCGCCGAGAUUAAGGCGAGGAGCCUGGUAUCCGUCGACUACUCCCGCAGACCUAUACGUUGUCCCCGUCUGGAUUGCUCGGUGAAUGUCGCCUUCUCGGCGCUCACCCAUCAUUUCCUCUUCGAUCAUCCCGAGGUGCCCAUACUCAGCGUCGAGCCCGGCGCCGAGAGCACGCUUAUCGUCAGCUACGAAGCUCUCUCUUGCAACUCCAGUCGAUGCUUAGCCCUCUUACUGGUCUCCGGAAAGCUCUCAGACUCAGCAGCGAGACUAUUCGGUGGUAAUCAAAUAAACCCUAAAUAUCGAAAUCGACUGCCGCUGCCGGUGCUAGCCGCGCGUUUGCACAGCAAUCGUUACGCUUGCUGUGAGGAAGUGCACGCAGGCGGUGAAGGUCAAUGCGAGAAGGACGUGAUCGUCGCCUGGGUGGCGGGACUGGAUGUCGGCGACGCGUCCACCGACAGACUUCGAUGCAGUAUCCAGGCCGUGGACAGCAUUGAGGACGGGGGAUUUCGUUCGCUGACGUACACGGGUCCGGUGACGUCUCUCAGAACCACCCAAUGUCCGCGCGACGUCCUCUUGGCCGGCGAUUGUAUAGUCCUCCACGAAGGACUGAUCGGUCAUAUCACGUCCGGCUGCACCAGUCUCAAUGUAAAUGUCAUUGUACACUAAACCUAUUACGUAUCGCCGCACGGUAUUCAUAUGCAUCCG